UUUCCCUUCCCCUUUUCCCCCCCUCCACGUUGGGGGGCAGAAGCAGAACUGAAACCGCCCCGCCGCCCCCCGCGGGCGCUGGGCUCCCCCGUUGGGCGACUGCUGGUGCCAGCCCCACGCGUGACAAGGCCGCCGCCCUUCGCCGGCCUCCUCCCGCGGCACCCACCAGGCCUUUGCGCCGGCCCGCGCGAGUGGUGACUCAGCCCCAAGCCCUCCCUGAAACCUCAGCUCGGGCCCCAUUGGCUGCUGGGGCCACCCGGAGCCGGUGGCAGACAGUUGUCACCGCCGGUGCUCGGCGCGUCCUGGGCGUCGCCAUGCUGGUGCCUCUCCUCCUCUUCCUCGCCGGCGCUCGGCUGCUGGCUGCCGCCUUCCCCCCUCUGCCCAGGUCCUACACGCUGCGGCUCCUGCAGACGUCCACCUUCCAAGAUGGCGGUGUGGACACGGAGGGGCUGGGGCUGCUGGACGACAUCGAGCUGGGCGUCCUGGAGCACCGCACUUGGGCCAUCCGCUUCCUGCAGCCCUGGGUGCGGCCGGCGCUGCCGCGGGGCGACUGGGACGCCAUCGAGGACAUGGUCCGCAUCUACCUCAACAAGUUCCACCACCUGGUCUGGGCGGGCGCUGUGGAGAAGGGCGUACCGUUCCCCUUCGUGGCCCAGUGCACCGCUGGCUGCGAACUCUUCCCCAACGGGAGCUCCAAGGCAUUCGCCUACGUUGCCUACGACGGCCGCGACUUCCUCAGCUAUGACAUGGGCAGCGGCACCUGGCUGCUGCGGCAGGACACGGAUCUGGCCAGGUACGUGCGGGAGACGCUGAGGAACUACACGGCCUUCACGGAGCUCGUGGAGGUGCUCUUCAACAGCACCUGCGUGGAUGAUGUGGACAUCAUCCUGCACUAUGCAAAGGAGGCUCUGGAAAGGCAAGUGAAGCCGGUGGCUGUGGUCUUUGCCAAGGUGCCCAACCCUGCGCGCCUGCUGCUCGUCUGCCGCGUCACCGGCUUCUACCCGCGGCCCGUGAGCGUCGCCUGGCUGCGGGAUGGGCAGGAGGUGCCGCCGGGCCCGGAGCUCAGCGCCACGCCACCGCUGCCCAACGCCGACCUCACCUACCAGCUCCGCAGUAUCCUGGCCGUGGCCCCCCGUGACGGGCACCGCUACGCCUGCCGUGUGCAGCACAGCAGCCUGGGCGGCCGCAGCCUGCUGGUGCCCUGGGGGAAUUCAGGUGUCAUCCUGCCCGCAGGGCUCGCGGCUGCCACUGUCGUGCUGGUGGCCGCCACGGCCACCGCCGUGGUGGUUUGGAUGCGGAGACGCAGAAAAUACCAGGAGAUGGACGAUUCGGAGCGCAGCAGCUCCGUUCGGAGCCACUAGCCUUGAGCCCAGGAAGGGGGAAAUGAUCCGUCCGCUUCCGCCACCUGGGCCAGGAUCUGGGCCCCUCUCUGUCGCCGGCGCCUCUGGGCUCCCGUGCCGCUUCCCAGUGACGGCUCCUCCCGCUUUCGGUAGAGCAAACUGUUUUAUUAGUGGAAGAAGCUCAUUUAUAACUGCAUUUAUUCACGAUACCCCGGAGAAGCUUGUACUAAACCCGAGCCGCAACUGCGUGCACUAACGGCUGCCCGAACCGCUGGCGCUGCUCAUAGCUGCCCGAGUGAUUAAAACGGGAUUAAACGAUUAGCGUUUCGCAAC